CCUGCUUUCCGCACCUUCGCAGUUUGUCAACACAUUCACUUUAGACGUCGCUCAGAUGGAAGUAAAUAAACUUGCAUCGUUUUAAUCUGUUAAAAUAUUUUUUGUGUGUCAAAUUCUGUGUAUCAAAUUUUAAUCUAAUAUGGACUGGACGUUACUACCGUUGGAUCCAUUAGAGACUAUAUUUAGCCAACUAGAGUUUAAAGAUCACAUCGCCUGUUCGUUGGUUUGCCGCAGAUGGAACGAGGCCAUCUUUACCUGUCCAACAUUGGCUCGGAGUAUUGUGUUCAGCAUCGGACCAACAUGUACCAGUGAACUUCGAAGUGUCGUUCGAGCAAGCAAUCGGAACUAUCGACAGAUAACAAUUGUACUCAAUCGUAGCUCAAAUGCAAAGUUAUUUGAACUCAUUGAAGAAAUCGCUGUACGUUGGAAUGUGAAGGUUGUAUCAUUGGUGGGAGAUCCACCGACCGUGCUGAAUUGUAUAAGAUCAAAUGCAGAUUUAUUCAACUCGAUUACAGAGCUGAAUCUGGAAUUCACUAUGGAUUAUGCAUGGCCUGUGAUUCCAAAUCAGGAAAUUCACUUCAGGAAUCUGAAAAAAAUGAACUAUCUUCAGGUCUAUAUAGGUACCAGUAAUAUAGAAAUGUUAUUUCGAUUGGUAGUUCCAAAUCUAGAGGAAGUAACCAUAGCACUCGAUUCAUUAGCUAACGAAGAAGCUAUGUACUGGGCAGAUCCGCUAAUUGAACUGUUAGGGUGCGACAAUUUGAAAUCAUUGGAAGUAGAUUUGAACUGCACAAUGUGGGAGAACUUUUUCGCUAUCGAACGACCUACACUGGAACGAUUGGUGAUACGUCGAGCUAGUGACGAAUUCCAGGAACGCGACUGGAAUUUGCUUUUCCGGAAUAUGCCGAACCUGCGUCACGUCGAGUUUGUAUUUUCAACCGAUAUCAUGCUCACCAGUUUAACCAGAAAUUGCAAGAAAGUGGACCGACUGAUAUUGAAUGGUUUCUGUCUGCACGAUGGAUCAUUUGCCAACAACAUGAGUCAACUGUCACUGAAACAAGUCCACAUGGAUGGCUGGUUGAAUGGGGCACUCUUUUCCUACAAUUCGCCGCUUGAUCUUAUCCAUUUGCAAACACUUACCUGGAAGUAUGUAGAAUUAGCACCUGUGCAAGGCAGUUUCACACUGGUAACACCGGAGCUUCGACGAUUGACACUGCGCGGUUGUGAUUACAAGAGAUUAUUCCUGGAUGUUGGCAAUUGCCUUGAAUUCAUUGAUAUGGAUUACUACGAGGAACAGGUUUUGACACCCAAUUUUUUCGUUUCCCUAGAAAAUCUACAGCACCUCAUCUUACACAUCAAUAGUAGCUCUUCGAAGCUUGUUCGCAAUAUGUGCCACCUGCCUAAUCUGAAACAACUGGAAUUAGUAUGUUCCACUGAACGGCAUGGUUACGACUGUAACGCCCUGUUCAGCAGUGUCUGUGCCCACUGCCCAGAACUGGAAGAACUCUGUAUACGCAACGAACAUGAGAAUUAUCUCAGUAUAGGUUAUAGAUACUUCGUACAGAUUCUUAAACUGUUCAAAUUGCGGAUCUUAACCUUGCAGUACGUCACCCUGUACAAUGUUUUGGGAGAGAUUCCGAUGGAACAUUUGGUUCGACUGAAUGUUUGGGGUUGCAUAGUUAUUGCGGACAGCCCGAUUAAAAAAUUUCCCAUCGGUACUCAUGACUCGAGCGUCCAGGCUGCGGAUUGUAGUUUCACUUGGCAAGAUAAAGGAAAAUGGUAGGACGCCGAUCCCCCAAAUGUACCAAACGUGCCCACAUGUGGAUUUUAUUUUAUGAACCGUAGAUAUAAGUACGUGUAGAAGUGUAUAUGUUGUAAUUAAGUGAUUAGAUUAGUGUUUUUGUUUUGUGUAUGUGUUUAGUACGAGAGUACUAUAAUUUUAGCGAACAUCACAAUAUCGUAGUUUAUGACUAUCUGUUUAAAAGCAUACACAUUAUUUUUGAAUCCUUUUUAUUUACUCAUGAUCAUUUUAUCAGUAUUUAGUUUUAUUGAAUACGUUGCAUGUGAUUUUUAAUAAACAAUUUUAUCAAACCCAAUGACUUGAAUCUGAUCGUUCGAAUGAACAAAAACAUCACAUAAUCCUCCUCAAUAUUUUUUUCUCGGGUCUAUUAUGAAGUAUCAACCUUCAAGGCAAACCUUG